AUUCCUACACCCACAACCGGGCGCCAGCGGAGAGCUCCCCGCCGGGGUUGGAUGGCACUACCCUCGAAAGAAUUGAGGACAAGCUGCGGAGCUUGACGGCCUCCAUGGCCACAAAAGACGACCUCAGGUCACGUACCACCACCAUUCAAGACGCUCUCAGAGCAGAAAUGGCGGGGAUCCGAUCAGAGGUGGCUUCACAUGUGGGCCGCAUCUCACUGCAAGAAGAGGCGACUGAGGCCCUCACAGCGCGCAUGACAUCUGCGGACACUGCAAUAGCCCGCCAGGGCACGAUGCUCCUCUCGAUGAGGCGGCACCUCGAGGACCUGGAUAACAGAGGCCGGAG